CCGGCCGCACGCCUCCGGACCCCGCCGCGGGCAGCGCCCGGGGGGCCGGCGGGCCAUGAGGGCUGGCCCCGGGGGAGGGGGGGUCUUGCCCGGCCCGGGCUGUGCCCCGGCUCCGGCCAGGGGAGCACGUGUGAAGCGGGGCCGAGCGGAGGCGGCCCUGGGAUUUGGCACGUUUGCAAGGAGCACUUGAGAGCCCCGGGAUGGACGUGGAGGGCCCUGGGCGGUGACGUAAGGACUCGCACGGGCUCGGCUCGGCUCGCCAGCCGGCCCCCAUGUCCCCGGGGCCUGCGACGGCCCCGGCGGAGGGAGGCAGGGAGACGGCAGAGCCAGCAUGGAGCAGCGAGCGGGGCCACCAGAUCCGAGACCUGCAGGAUCCACCACACACCUGCAGCCCAAGGAGGGGACGCUGUGGGGGCUCCUCGCCAUCCUCUCACUGCUGGCCGGGCUGGCCGCAGGCACCCUGCGGACGCCACACUGCAAUGAGACGCUGGACGCGGGUCCCACGCCACGGGGCAUGGCCACGGCCAGCCUGGCUGUGGAGGCACCGCCGGCCGCCGCCUGGAGCCAGCCAUACGGGGACAACGCGACAGUGGGUGGCCUGGGAGCCGUGGAGCUGGCGGAGGACCUGCUGCUGCGUGCCGAGCGCUCACCACCGGCCACCAGCAAAGGCAAAAAGGGGCCACGGAAGCCGUCGCGGGGGAACCGCGGGCGCAACUGCCACAUCCGCAACCUGAUGGUGAAGGUGCGUGACCUGGGCCUGGGCUUCAACUCGGACGAGAUCGUGCUCUUCAAGUACUGCAGCGGGUCCUGCCACCGGGCACGCAGCAACUACGACCUGACGCUGGGCAGCCUGCUGCGGCAGCAGCUCAUCACGCCAGGGCCGCAGGAGCGGGUCCUCAGCCACCCCUGCUGCCGGCCCACCCGCUACGAGGCCGUCUCCUUCAUGGAUGUGCAGAACACGUGGCAGACUGUGGAGAAGCUCUCGGCAGCCGAGUGCAGCUGCAUCGGCUGAGGAGGGGGCUGCCGGCUCGGCCCCAGCUCGACGCAGGCUGGCAGGCCUCGGCUUGCCACACGCAGUGGCACCGGUGCUCAGCAGAAGUGUCUGGCAGAGGCCAGUGCUCCCAGUUGCACGUGGCCAUGGGGACCAAGGCGAGACGGAGCCAUGACGGAGGAACGGGCAGCCGAGCCCCCUCCCGCUCAGUGCCAAGCAGCCGGUGCCAGCAGCUCCCCGUCCAGGUACAUGCUGGCUCAGCCCUGGGAGCAGAGCUGGAAGGGGUACAGAGCAUCCCUGCUGCUCACAGGGGUCUGCCAGCCCCGCAGGCACCAGCAGCGCCCGGCUCGCCUGCACCCUGCCCGGACUGCUUUAGGGCAGCUGGGGCCAAGCAUCGCCCGAGCUUCAGAGGAGGACGGAAAGGGGGCAAAAACCUCCCUGUCCCUUUGGGCACCCUGGGGCUGGCAGUGGCCGGAGCUGCCCUGCGGGGAGUGGGUGUCUCUGAGCACAGGGGUGCAGCGGGCCCCAAGCGCAGCAGCGUGGAGCUGCACCCAGCCCGGCAGCAGCCCCUGGUGCUCUGCAGGGCAGUGGGGCUCAGGCAUCCAGUGGGACCCCUGCCCAGCUCCCAGGGAGUGGCAGGAUCCGCCGCUGCCCCCGCGGUGCUGCGGCACUAAACUAUUUAUUACUCUAAAUUAUUUAUUUAUUGUUCCUGAGUGGCAGCUCCUAUUUAUGACUUUGGGCCCCGCGGGGCCAGGUGUGAUUUAACCCCAGCGCUGCUGUGAAGCCCUGGGCAGCGCCCUGGCCCCGGCCCUCCCUGUGCCCGCAUCCUCACUUUUUUUCUAUGAUUUGUAAAAUUUGAGGGAUAAACUCUAUUUUUGUACAGUCGCC